AUGGCGUCUACGCCUUCGGCUUCGGUUUUCUCCCUUCCACUACCGCCCUGGCUUCAACAAUCCGGUUCCCGCACGUCUCAGUAUGAUCGCAAACGCAAGAGCGUGGCGAGUGAAGACGGCCUGGAUGGCGAAACAACCGAUGCUGCAUCGGGCACAGAAUAUGAGCCUGCGGGCCCUUCCUUGGUACUGACACCAAACGAAUCCCAUCAAUAUCGAAUCGCUGGUUUCCCUUCUCAUCAAGAAUUACCACAAGGGCACUUCCCACAUGGGCCACUUAAAGAUAAAGGCAUAAGAAGGAAUACCACCGCACGCCAAAUAAAAGCCCUAGCGGACUUAUCCACUCCAAUCUACCCUCCUCAGUCAGUUCAGCAAGGCAACAUUCGCUUCCAACAUCUCGGGGCGCUGACGGCCAUCCUACAUCGAUGCAUGCUCCAAGGAGACUACGUUCGAGCCGGAAGAGCCUGGGGCUUGAUCCUGCGUGAAAAUUACAGAGGCUUCCAAAUGGAUGUCCGCAACGAAACAAGGUGGGGUAUUGGUGCUGAGAUCCUGCUGCGCCGAGAUCAACAGGAAACAUCCGCCAGUUUCGGCAACACGCCAGAUGAGGCGGAUAACACACCCUUGAAUUUUACAGCAAAGGGCUUUGCGGAAGCCAGAGAGUACUAUGAACGACUUAUUCUCAAUCAUCCGUUCUCUAAAUCUUCGCCUCAGUCAGUUUCUGCAUUGCAUUUCUAUCCUGCAAUGUUUGGAUUGUGGAUUUAUGUCACCCAGAACGAAAGCAAAAAGGCCAGGAAAGAUGCUGCUAUCCGCCAAGAAGAAGAGUCCGAAGAGUUUACUGAGGACGAAGGUUCGGAGUCUGAAUCCUGGCAGCAUCGAAAGCAGCAAAGCAAGAUAGAUGCUGCCAUCAGCUCAAUCAGAGCACAAGAGCUAGAACAGGCGCAGCAGAUUGCUACGCGCAUGGACCAGCUUCUUGCAUCUCCACCAUACUCCGAUUCACCUGAAUUGCUUGAACUCAGAGGAAUGGUCUCUCUUUGGAUUGGCGAUUUGUCAUUCUCCGCGCUCUCAUUGCCAGUUGACUUUGAUGGAGACUACAGCAAUGAUCAAAUGCUUAUCGAUGGAGCUCCAGGCUAUUUAGAGGUAAGGCGAGGACAUAGGCUUGCGACUGAAAGAAAAGCGGCCGAGCUCCAGAAAGCGGCCGAGCUCUUCGAGAAAGCUAAGAAACGCGGCAGGAGUGUCGCAUACAACCUAGAGAAUCUUCAUAUUGAUGACACUUCCAGCUAG